AUGCUGUUUUUGACGCGUAUCGCGUAUUUUCUUACUUUGGUGUUAAUUGGGUAUGCUAGCAUCGUGAGUGAUAUACUCAAUGCUCUUGAGCACGCCGUCGAUUGUGGCUCUUGUCAUACUCUGCUCGGCGUACUGCAAGGCGUCGCUCUUCUGGGCGACAGCAUUUUUUCAUCUGCACUAGUAUCCGUUUGUGAGGCCGCUGGGGUCGAAGAUGAUGAUGUUUGUCAGGGACUUUUGACUGAACAGGGACCCAUCAUAGCCCAUGACUUACGUUCCAUCUCAUCUACGGGUCAGACGGCCAGCAAACUCUGCAAUGCAGUCCUUGGUCUGUGCCAAGACCCUGCUGUCAACGCUUUCACUGUUCCAUUCCCAAAGGCUGCUCCGAUCAAUCCCAAAGUCUUCACCUCGACCGGUAAACCGCCGUUCCAAGUGGCCCAUUUCAGUGAUGCCCACAUUGACAGAAUGUACACGACAGGGGCGGAUUCGAAUUGUACGAAACCAAUCUGUUGCAGGAAUUUUGCAGACCAGACUGGGCCUGUCCAAAUCCCCGCUGGUCCUUCCGGAAGUUUAAAUUGUGAUACACCUACUACCCUUGUACAAUCCAUGCUGCGUGCUGUAGCGGCGGAGAAUACACAAUUCUCUAUUUUUACUGGUGAUGUGGUGGAAGCUGCUGUUUGGCUUGUUGACCAAACGGAAAAUACAUCCGAUAUGCAGCAGUUUAACACUGAGAUGCAGACUCUUCUCAACUCCCCAGUUUUCCCUGCAAUAGGUAACCACGAAGCUGCCCCUGUUAAUGCAUUCCCAAGGAACACAACAAAUCAAGGUCAGGUUCAGUGGGUUUUCGAUACACAGAGUCAAGGGUGGAAUCCUUUCAUCAGCACUGCUGCUGCCUCCCAAGUCCAGCAUAUGUCGGGCAGCUACUCGGUCAACCCUGUUAAUACGAACCUUCGAAUUAUAUCGUUAAACACGAUAUACUGGUAUAAAGACAACUUUUACCUGUUUGACAGUGAUAAAUUCCAGCCUGAUCCGAAUGGAAUCAUUGCCUUUGCUGUUCAAGAGCUUCAAGCGGCUGAAGACGCUGGCCAGCGAGCGUGGAUUAUUGCUCACAUGCCACCCAGCGGAGGCGAUGCCUUGCACGAUCAAUCCAACUACUUCGAUCAGGUAGUGCAGAGAUAUAAAAAUACGAUUGCUGGAUUGUUUUUCGGGCAUACUCACAAGGACGAGUUUGCCAUCGGAUACUCCAACUAUAACAACCAGACAGCUGAUACAGCCGACGCAAUUGCCUGGAUUGGACCCUCACUGACUCCUCGUCAGGCCAACCCGACAUUCAGACUUUACGAUGUAGAUCCUGACACAUACGAGAUAAUGGACUCACGAACGUUUAUGAGCGAUAUGUCUGAUCCCUCGUUCCAAUCCUCGCCCAUUUGGAAGCAGGAGUAUAGCGCGCGGGAUACAUAUGGCCCUGCUAUCGGUGGUUGGCCAGCGACGCAAUCAUUAAAUCCAACUUUUUGGCAUAAAGUCACCGAAGCAUUCGUUUCUAACGACGAGUUAUUCCAAACCUUCAAUUCGCUCAAAACACGCGGUGUAGGGGUUUCAGAGUGUACAGGUGAUUGCAAAACCACUACUAUUUGUAAUCUUAGGGCACUGCGGGCGGAGAACAAUUGUAUUGCUGCAACCCCGGGCAUCAAUUUCCGAAGAGCAGAGGAAAAGGUUGAUGCUAGCCAGCGCGGACAUAUUGACCAUUGCGAGGGGAUAGGCUUACGGACAAUAUUUGAGAACAUUGCCCUGAAAACGGUAGCUGGCCACAAUCUUACUGUCGAUGGGUUACUGACAAACAGUUUUAAGAGAACGAUGGAUCCAGAAUCACUUAUAAAGAGGGCACAUGAUGCUUUUUCAAAACGUUCCUACAUAGUGAUAAAUGCAUACUGA